UUAUGCGAAUAGUGACUAAAUGAAUUUCAAGAGCAAACAUUAAAUUUUCGCUAAACGAAUUUAUAAUAAUUUACUAAUUUUUAAUGAUUAUUAACAUGAAAAAUAAAACUUAUGUAGGAUUUUGUUUAAUAAUUUAUUUCACUUUUUCCAGCUCACUAAUUUUUGAAAAACCUGAUAAUAAAUUGGAUGUCUAUAAAUCACAUGUACAUUUAGAAAGUAGUCAAAGCCGUUUAAUUUAUGAGAAAACUGAAAAAAAUAAUGUAUCAAAUUCUCGAUUAGAUAAAAAUGAAAAUUUUUUACCCAAAUAUUUUGAUGCACGCAAAAAGUGGCCCAAAUGCCGUUCAAUUGGAGUAGUCAGAUAUCAAUCAAAUUGCAAUUCUGAUUGGGCUAUUGCAGCUGCCGGUGUUUUCAGUGAUAGAUUAUGUAUAAAGAGCAAUGGUUAUAUUGUCGUUAAUGUAUCGGCUGAACAUAUAUUAGCUUGUGCUAAAUACAAUGGUUGUAGCGGAGGAGAGCCUAAGGAUGCUUGGAAUUUUUUAAAAACUAAAGGAGCUGUAACUGGUGGUGACUAUGGAACAUAUGAAGGCUGUCAACCAUACGAAAUUCUUCCGUGUGGAUCAUCUGGGUAUCCUAAAUGCAGAAAGACUGAGGCAGAUACACCUAUUUGUUAUGGAUAUUGUACAAAUACAUAUUAUCGCAAGCGUUUUGUAGAUGAUAAAAACUGGGCUCGUGACCGGUAUGUAACCUUUUUACCAAUAAAUGAAAUGACUAUAAUGAAUGAAAUUAUAUACAACGGAUCCGUACAAUGUGUAUUCGAUGGCUAUAAAGAUUUAUUAUACCACGUUUCUGGAGUUUACGUUAAGAAAUCAAAUGAGUACAUAGCACGUCACUCUGUUAAAAUAAUUGGAUGGGGUACAGAAAAUAACCAACCCUACUGGUUGAUGGUUAAUUCCUGGGGUCAGAGAUGGGCUGAACAAGGAUUAUUUAAAAUGGCGAGAAACACUCUGAUUACUCUAUAUGGAAACAUUACAGCAGGAUAUGUUUGAUUAUUUUUUUUGAAAAUUCGUACAAUAUGUGUAAACAUGUUAUGAUACUAUGCUAAUAAUAUUAUAUUCUAGUAAUUUCCUAUAAAAAUAUAUUAUAUAGUUUUGUUUUAAA